AUGAAUGACAAAGCGGUGAGAACAGGUCAAUUGUGUCAUGGUUGCGGUACGGGUAUGACGAGUGAAUGGAGACCUGGACCUGAUGGACCUGAUAGUUUAUGUGAUACUUGUGGGUUACAUUACGCCCGAUUAGAAAAACGUAGAUUACCGAUCCAUCCGACUCACGCAGUCCAUUCAUACAAUUAUAACUGCAACAUGGCUAACAUGGGCAAAAGACAGGCUCGGAACAUCACGCGACAUGAGAGAGUAGAUGAGGAUGACACGGAGAAGGGUCAGGAAGAGCUGGAUUUGGAAGAGAGGUUGUUCGGUCGGAGGAGGAAGAAAGCUAGGGUUGGGGCAGGUUUGUCUGUUGAAGAUGAUGAGGGAGAAGGGAUGAAGGAAAUGAUGGAUGAAGAGCUGUUCAUGGUCGAUGCUCCCUUGGCUGAUUUACCCUCCGAUGACGAGUCCGAAGCGCAUGACGUAUCAGCGAGAUUCACUAAGAAUAUCAAUCGAAAUUCGCAGGAAGAAGAUGGUGAUGAUCAUGAGAACAGCGUCAGUGGUUCAUCUGGGGAUAGGAACGACUUUGAAUCUAACGACGACGACCAAGAUGAAUCUGGAUUUGAAGAAAGCGAUCUAAAUGAUUCUGAUCCUGCUUCUCGUUCCGAAGAAAACAGCGAUGAGGAUACUUCUCAAUCAGAGGACGAACAUGACCAUUCCAAUGAUGAACUUUCUUCCUCUCGUCUCGCAAAACACAAACAGACUCCACAGGAAGAAGAAGAAGAAGAAGACGCUUAUAUCAUUCCUGCUCCCAAUGUAACGGACUUCUCUGAACUAAUCGAAGUUGAAGAUGGUGAGAAAAGAAAGAAAAAGUUGUGGAGAGAUCCUGCUGAUGAUGCCAUUUUGGUGGAUCUUGAUUCUGAUAAGAGGUUGAGAAAAUUAGGAAGGGGGAAAGGUGGUGGGAAAGUCAAUGGAGUGGAAUUGGAACGAAGGUUGAGACAACAAUACGAAGCUCUUCAUCCUCGACCUUCAUGGGCUUCACUUCGUCUUGUUCCUCACUCUCAAUCACAACCCUCUCUUUCCGCCUUAUUAGCGUCCACCAAAUCUUUCAUCGCUCCUAAUAUUCUUGGACAGACAAAAAGACAAUCUUUGGAAGCUGGUACCAUAUCUAUACAAAGAGUUAAAGAUGCAAAUCAUCAGAACCCUACCGCUGGGAAGAUGCAAGCCAGGGAUGCGGCGGGUGGAGUUGUUAGUGUUGCUUGGCAUCCGAAUCCUCAAGUUGGGGUUGUAGGUGUUGCUGGGGGUGAUAGAAGGGUCAGGUUUUUUCAAAUCGAUGAUCAAACCAAUCCCCCACUUUUGACCUUACACACACCUUCUUUACCUCUUCAAAACAUCACUUUCCAUCCUUCCGGAUCUCAAUGUAUACUCACGGGUCCUCGACCACAUUACUACACAUACGAUCUUUCCUCUCAAACGGUCAUACGUUCUCCGAGAGCUUUAUUCGGUUCUAAACCCGGUCCAUCGACACCUAAUUCCCUUGCAAAACAUUCUUUUUCACCUGAUGGUACUCUGCUAGCUGUGGCUGGACGAAGAGGUUGUGUGAGUAUACUCGAUUGGAGUGCAGGUGCAGGUGCUGUUGUAGCUGAGUUGAAAAGUGGAAGAGGGGGUGCAGUAGGGGAUAUGGUUUGGAAUGGAGAAGGAGAAUUAUCAAUUUUAGGAGGAAGAGAUGGAUCAGAGGUCGAGGUUUGGGAUGUAGGUGAAAGAAGGGUUAUAAAGAAAUGGUCGGAUGAUAGGAUGUUUGGUGGAGGUUUGAUGAGGUUGUCAAAGGAUAAAGAAUGGACUUCGGUCGGUUCAUCAACCGGUAUAGUGAACGUCUACUCUACAUCAAGUCUCAAAAAUGAUAAAGAACCAAUUUCCAUCAGACCAAAUCCUAUUAAAAGUUUAGAACAUUUGACAACUUCGAUAAAUUGUAUGGAAUUUCAUCCUUCUGGAGAAAUCUUGGUUUCCGCUAGUGGAUCAAAACCUGGUGCUUUGAAACUGUACCAUCUACCUUCCUUCACUGCAUUUUCAAAUUGGCCAAGAGAUACCACUCCUCUAGGUCGAAUAACUUCAGUCACUUUCGAUCCUUUAGGUAAACAUUUAGCAGUUGGGAAUCAACGUGGGAAAGUUUUGUUAUGGAGUUUGAAACAUUAUUCGUGA